AUGCCAAGGGACCCAAGCUCAGGGAUCAAUCAAGAUCUCCUCCCCCAUGUCCACCUCAUAUCGACCCACCGCUAUGCAUUGAUGCCCCGAGUCGACAUCCAAGAUGUUGCGAAGUGGCUCAUGGACGCCCCCCGCAUCGCCAAAAACCAGAGCCCCUUCCACUGGACGUAUUUAGAUGGACCCGUUGAUGGCACGAUACUUCUCACAUGGCAACCACUCGCGCGACUUGGUACGAACUUUGCUAGUGAUGGGUUCGUUUGGGCUUCGCCCGAGCAGUUAUUCAAGCAAGAUCUGGGCAAUGGCCUUGUCCUUGAGAUCUACCUCCAGAAAUCCGGUUUUUUGCCGGGCGAGCAGGCAGCCCUACAUGCGCGGCGCAGGUUCCGCCUGGUCCCCGCCCAAGCCGGCAAUCCUCAUGCGCCCCAGCCCGACGUCAGUCUUUGGCUCGUCCACUACGGCCCCUCGGAACCGAACGAUCGAAUCCCCGUAAACAUGAUCCCGUUCGACGAGCGCGUCCAUGCCAUGAUAAAUACCCGACAGUAUCUUAAGAAGUGUGGUCAGAUCGCUCGGAAAGACUUUAUGCUCUCCGACCGCGUGAACUGGCCUCAGAUCGCCUUCCCCAGAGAAGGCGGCCGCCAGCAGCAAAUGUACGCGUCGCCGAUGAAUGCCCGUGGAGUACCACAGCAGAUGGCAUAUCCCCCCCAGGCCCCAACCGGACCCCCCGCCAAGCGAGCAAGACAUGCAUCUACGUCACAAGCACACCCUGCCCCGCAGCCGGUACAACCUGUGCCGCCCCCCGAGGCUGCCGUCUACGAUGAUGAGGAAGACACGUCGCGAGGAGAUAUGUUCGAUCAAGUCACAGCACGAGAGAUCGCUCUUAGUCGCUACCAGCAGAAUCACGAGUGGAUGGAGGAGAUCUUGUCAUCCGCCUACCGGAUUGACCAGAUCAGUCCUCCUGACCUGGGUCUUGGGUUCAAGGGUCAGCUUGCUUCCCUUACUGAGGGCAUAUUCCCUGCGCAGGGCGGCGAAGCCCUAGAAACCGCCAUUGAAAGGUCCUAUUCGUCUGGCCUGGAUCCUAAACUUGCGGAGGAAUUUCAAAAGCGGAUAACCAACUUCAUGGAGUCCUCCAAGGCCGAAAUUGAGGCCAUGAAAGCCAACCACGAGAAGGCGCUAGCCCAAAUCAAGGAAAGUGCCGUCAUUGUCCAGGCCGAAAAGGAUCUUAGGGACACUGCGGAUGCCGUUGGCGAUGAGCCUUGGCGCUUGGAGGGUAGGGUUGAAGAAGAAGAAGAUGAGGAAUCAAGCGGAUCCCUGCCGCAGAAGCCGAAGAAGAAGGUCGAAGAGAUUGUCUCUGAGGUCGAGAGCCGGUUGAACCGAAAGACUCGAUCCCUACGCCCCGUGUCCCGAAUCCAGGACGGUGGUUACCAGCCGCCUGCCCCCGAGCCGGAGCCCCCUGCGGCAGUGCCCUCCGUUUCCGUGUCGGCAGGAGCCCCAGGGGGUUUAGCGCCUACUUCACAGCAAGUGUCGGCUGCGCCAUCACAGCAGGGCGGUAUGGAUGACCCGGAUCUUGAGAUGGGUGGAACGGCAGGGGAGCUUCUUAGCCAGAUGCAGCCAGGCAUGUCGUCUGCGUCUACGCCGGGGGCUCACAACACCUCAGCCCUUCCAUCGGCCGUAGCCACCCCUGGAGACAUUGGCGCCCCGUCGCCCGCGGCUCCAGCGCCAGCACUUCCGGAACAGAAAGCGCCCCAGCCUACGGGAGGCGAUACUAUCAUGGGAAACACAGAACCCUCUGCUCAGAACGUGCCCCCGACCGCCCCCGAUCAAGGUACAGGCAGCGGCGACUGGGUCAUGGUGCCGAAGGGUGGGGCCUCACCUGAUGCGAAUGCUCAAGCAGCGUCCGGUUCCGGAUCAGCGUCUGCAUCCAAGGGAACACCGGCAGCCGUUUCAGUAGCAGGAUCUGUCCCCGCGAAGCAGCCGUCGGCGGUUGGCACGCCGGCGGAUGGCGGUUCAACGACGUUUGAAAAUGAUUUUAGCUCAUUGGGCGACUUAGAUACUGCAGGUGAUGCUUUGGCUUCCUACGAGGCGCCGACCGGUACGGAUCUCGGCGAUGGUCUAGACCUUAACAUGGAUAUGGACGAUUCUGCCUUUGGAGAGGCCUUCCAGGGUGUUUCCCAAUCGGGGACACCGGCGGACGGUAAUCCCGAUGGCAUCUGA